AUGUUUGCACGUAAUCGUGACACAGCAAGUUCUUCACAACUGAAAGAAAAACUCGGACAUCAAUUGACUUUAAUGUGUUGUAAAGAUCUUCUUCCAUUUUCAAUUGUUGAAAAUGAAGGUUUCCUAGAUUUCUUAAUCUCUAACAAAAUCGUUAAUGCGAAAUAUGAUAUUCCAUCACGAACUACCUUAUCACCUCUGAAUCUUAAUAAAAUUUAUAAUGUAUGUCUUGAUAAAACAAAAGAACAAAUAAAGUUAUCAACAAACUACCCGACGAUAACAUGUGAUGCAUGGACUGACAAUUUAAGAACGCAACCAUUUAAUGAAGCUCAUACAGAUGAAUCAAUAAAAGAUCUUGUAUCGAAUGUUUUAAUUGAAUUUGGUAUAAAUCCAAAUAGUGUGUCGGAUAAAGAUGCAAAUAUGCGCAAAGCUUGGAGAUUGUUAAAUGUUAUUCAUAUAUUUUGUGUUGAUCAUGGAAUUCACAAUUUGUUAAUGAAGGAUUGUUUUCAUAAUAUGAAUUACGUUUCAGAAAUAUUAGAUAAAAUUCAAUCAAUUAUUAACAAGCUUCAUUAUCAUCAACAUGAACUUGAAAAUGAAUAUUUUCGAUCGAAUGAAAAACGUUUUAAUGAUUUGCUUUUAUCCAUUGAUAAAACUGAUGAAAUCAUAGAUGCAGAUUUAGCUUCGACAUAUAUUGAUGCUGAUGAUACACAAGUAUUGAAUAAAAAAUUUCAAAAUGAUAAUUUAGAAGCAUUACGAUUAUCAGAUGAUUUAAAAUUCAGAUUUCACACUUUGAAAAAACGUAUUGUAACAUGUUGGAACACAGUUUUGAUUAUGCUUCGCUCCUAUGCUGAUAACAUACUUGGUAUUGAAGUUAUACUCGGUCGAUUAAAACAUUUCGACUUAAUAUUAACUGCUGCUGAAAAUGAAAUUGUUCGUGAUUUAAUUCAAUUUCUUUCUUUAUUUGAAUCAACAACUACGAUUCUAUCAGCAUCAAAAUCUUAUCCAACUAUCAGUUUAUGCUUACUGUUAAGAAUAAUCGAUAUAAGUCGUUAUUUAACUCAAUGUCAUACUACAAAAGAAUUAAUAUUAUCUGAAAUGAUUAAACAGUUCAAAAUCAAUCAUUUUACACAAGCAUUUGCAACAAACAAUGCAUCAAUAUCAUCCCCAUCACAAUCGUGUUCAUCAAUAACAACAACAGCAACAUCACACUCAAAUCCAUCAACAACAGCAUCAUCUACUUCAAUGAAAUGCAAUUUGUCAGUGGAAAGUUUAAAUUCACCGGUAAAACACUUGAAAAAACUUAAAGAAAAUUUAAUUCAGAAACACAAACCACCAUCAACAUCUGGUUUUGAUCCUAUUCUGGACGAAAUACAAAAUUAUUUACAAUUAGAUAUUAGUUAUGAUGAUGUGCUUCAAUUUUGGCGAUCAUCAGGAAAUGCAUUCCCUCAUCUAAAAAGACUUGCUCAAAUUGUUCUUGCUGUUCCUGCAACAUCGACUCCAAGCGAACAAGUCUUUUCAACAACUGGAGUACAACGUCUUUGCAAAGCUCUCGAACAAAACAAAACACUAAAAACACUGGACCUUAGCCACAAUCAAACCGGUGAUGAAGGAGCACAACAUCUUGGCAAAGUUCUCGAACAAAACAAAACGCUAACAACACUGAAUCUUCGUAGCAAUAAAAUCAGUCAUGAAGGAGCACGACAUCUUAGCAAAGGUCUCGAACAAAAUCGAACACUAACUACACUGGAUCUUAGCUACAAUCAUAUUGGUCAUCAAGGAAUACAACAUCUUAGCAAAGCUCUCGAGCAAAACCAAACUGUAACCACACUCACCCUCUAUCAAGCUGAAAUUGGUGAUGAAGGAGCACAACAUCUUGGUAAAGCUCUAGAACAAAAUAAACAGACACUAAACACAAUGGAUCUUAGUCACAAUCAAAUCGGUGAUGAAGGAGCACAACAUCUUGGCAAAGCUCUCGAAAAAAACCAAACACUAACCACAUUGGAUCUUAGCCGCAAUCAAAUCGAUGAUGAAGGAGUACAACAUAUUGGCAAAGCUCUCGAGCAAAACCAAACAGUAGCCACAUUGAACCUGAGCUACAAUCGAAUAGGUCAUCAAGGGGCACAAUAUCUUGGUAGAGCUCUGAAAGAAAACCAAGCACUAACCACGCUGGAUCUCAAUUGCAAUCAAAUCGGUACUCAAGGAGCACAAUACCUUGGCAAAGCUCUCGAACGAAACCAAACCCUAAUCACAUUGAACCUUAAUGACAAUGAAAUUGAUGUUCAAGGAGCACAACAUCUUGCGAAAGCUCUCGAACAAAAUCAAACACUAAUCACACUGAAUCUCUUUGACAAUCAACUCAGUCGUCAAGGAGCAGAACGGCUUGCCAAUGCUCGACAACAAAAUCGAAUACAAUUUGUAUUUUUGGAUGAUGACAUGGAUGACUUCUAA